AUGCCUGAUCCUGUUCAAUGGCUUCCAUUAGAAUCAAAUCCGGAAGUGAUCACAAAUUUUAUGCGUAAAAUUGGCGUGGAGAAAGGAGUAGAAUGUGUGGAUGUAUACGGUUUUGAUGACGAUAUAUUAGCUUUCAUCCCACGUCCAUGUUAUGCUGUUAUAUUAUGUUUCCCAAUGGUUGAUAAGGUUGAUGAAAUCAUGAAACCUAUCUAUAAAAAAAUGGAGGAGGAAGGAAGUGUGAUACCGGAUGGUGUCUUUUUUAUGAAACAAAAAAUAUCAAAUGCUUGUGGAACUUUUGCUCUCAUUCAUUCACUUGCCAAUAAUCAUAACAAAAUUGAUCUUGGCAAUGGAUCACUGAAGCAGUGGUUAGAUAAAGCAGUAACGUUGGGUGUUGAAGAAAGAUCUGAUUCUUUGGCGGAAAACUCAACACUUGCUGAAGCUCAUGAUAAUUGCGCUCGAGAUGGUGAGACCGAUUCGAGUACGCCUGUUGAUCAUCAUUUCAUUUGCUAUCUUAACUACGGUGAUAAACUUCUAGAACUUGAUUCUCGUGCUCCAUCUCCUCGUAUUUGUGGUCUGACCAGUGAUGCAACAUUCCUGAAAGAUGUUGGAAAUUCAUGCAAAGCAUUGAUGAACAAACUGGAGAAUGUGUCAUUUAGCGCUCUUGCAAUCGUUCGUGCGCCCCACUAA